AUGCCUUUUUUGCUACCUUGCUACCUGAAGGGAACAGCAGGGGUAGGAUUUAUCAUAUGCUUUCUGGUAACCUAUUGUUUGUAUGGGCCUUCCAACACGGGAAAGGCUUUCGUGUCGGCUUCCGGUACGUCAGACCACCCGACGGUGUCUCGAUCGGCCGCAGCACACGGUGCCCGGCCCGCCAAAGCCACGUCCACGCCAUGCGUCGCGACGGUGAUUUGGCCGAUGGCGGGGCGUGGCUGGGAACAGAGCUUGCUGCGUCCUCAACCUUCGGUGCGUGACUAUGGCCUGGCCUUGCGCAGCCUGGCGCAGGGCCGAUCUUGGAGAAGCACUGUGGAGCUCUUGCAGGCAAUGGAGGUGCGCAGAGUGGAGGCCAAUUUGGUGAUUUUCAACACUGCCUUGACGGCUCAGCACUGGCCCCACGCGCUGCACAUGCUGAAGGUUUCGCCAGUUUCGCCACAAAGCUUCGACGCAGCGACGUGCGGGGCAUUGCUGCACCGUCGCUGCGAUUGGCACCGUGCUUUUUUUGUGGUCGCCUGGGCUUUGCAGGCGCAGAUCCAAUUGAAUCUCCUGAUCUUCAAUAGCCUCCUCGCACGCUCUGGACCCGCCUGGCCUUUAGCAGCCGCAUGUUUGGAUGGGUCCUUGGGCUUGGUGCCCAAUCUUACCAGCUUCAACACCUACAUCAACGAAGCAGGCGCUUCUCUCAGUGCCUGGUGGCAUGCCGGACAGAGCCUCAAGUCCAUGGUCACAGCGCAGGUGGAGCGUGACAACAUAAGCUACAACAGCGGCAUCAAGGCGUGUCAAGACGGAAAGGUGUGGCGCUCGGCCUUGCACGUCUUUCACCAGAUGCCUGCGGAGGGAGUCUUCACAUCUGCCCGCAGUUUUGGCAGCUCCAUUGCAGCAGCAGCGAUAGCGACGCAUUGGCCCAGUGCGCUGUCCUUGCACAGCUCCGGUGGUUUGACGCUCUCCUCGCCGAUUUGUGGCAACGCAGUCCUCUCCGGCAUGGCGGACUGGACGUUGACGGUCAGUUUUUGGCAGCAGAUGCGCCACCGAGAGGUUGAACACAGCGUGGUGACCUAUGGCACUGUGCUGGCACAGCUCGCUUGGCGUACUGGGGCGCUGCUGCUGCAGGAGCUUUUGUCGCAAGUGCGGUUGGACCCAAACGUCAUCAGCUACAACUGCGUCAUGAACGCUUGUGCCGAGGAAGGACUUUGGGUCUGGGCGCUGCAUCUUCUCCAGGAAAUGUGUGCCAUGGAGCUUUGUCCGUCCCUGGUCAGCCGAAAUGUGGUGCUCUCGGCUUUGGCGAAGGCAGCGGAGUGGCCGAAAGCGCUUCGUUGGUGGGAGGAGAUGGCAGAGGUGGAUGAGCAGAGCGGCAAUACUUUGAUCGAUGCUAUGGCAGAAGCGAAGCAAUGGCAGCGAGCUCUCUUUGUUUUGGAAGCCCUCCAGGAGCCCGUGGCGCCUGUGGUGGCCUUGAACGGUGUGCUGAAGGCCAUGGCCCUGGGCGUCGCUUGGGCGCAGGCGAUCAAUCUGUUCAUCACCUUCAUGGAGGAAGAAGACAGCCAGACAAAUGCCAUCAGCUUGAGUAGUGCUGUGAACGCCUGCGCUAGGGCAAGGAAAUGGCAGAUGGCGCUGUCGCUGCUUUCUUCGCUGCGAAGCACUGAGGUGGUGCCUGACACCACAACCUGCAACAGUGCCAUCAACGCUUGCAGCAGCCAAUGGUGGCAUAGCUUCGAUCUUUUGUGUUGCAUGCCCUCACCAGAUCAUUUGACCUACGGCAGCAUGCUGAGUGCUUGCGCCUCCCAGGGCCUUUGGCCCACAUGUUUGGAGGUCUUAAAGUUCCAGCAGAAGCAUCGCGUUUCCCCACAAUUGACCUCGUACACUUCCACCCUCGCAGCUUGCCAUCGCAGUGGCCAGUGGUUGUUUGCAAUGCUCAUGGUGGUUUCUUUUUCGAUUUCUGCUGACGUCGUCGGCUACAACAACCUCAUCAGUGCAUGUGCGCAAGAUGCCCAAUGGCGUAGGGCUAUGCGCCUUCUACAUACAGACAUGCCGAAUUCAACGUUGCGACCAGAUUCCAUCAGUUUUGGUGGCGUGAUCCAUGCAUGUGCGGAGCGGGCCCAGUGGCAAGCAGCCCUUUGCCUUCUGGAGCAGCUCCUAGUCACCCAGCCGCCCUCCACAACCAUCGUCGCCUCCUGUAUGGCUGCGUGCACCCGAGCAGCGCAGUAUCGAAGGUCCUUAGACCUCCUGUCAUUGGUGUCUGACUUGGACCCUGUGCUGCUGACCCGUGCGCUGCUCGCUGCGCCAGCUACACCAGGAGCCGCUAGGCGCUUGGCAGGUCUCCAGGAAGAGACCUUGCAUCGGCUGCGGAAAAGAAAGAGGCCGAGGGAGCAGCUGUGCGCUGCCAUUGCCAGGUACUUCUUGGCGCAAAAGGUGAAAAAGGAACAGCUUUCUGAGCACGACUACCUGCAGGUCUUGGCAUUGCACCAUGCUGUCUUGGUGGCCGCCAUGAAGACGAAGCAGUCCUCGGAGAUGGCACCCGUGGAUGCGCUCGACAAAGCCAUCCAGGCCUUGCGCCCAGUCUACGAGAAGAAGUAG